AUGGGCGGGCGGGCGGGCGGGGCAGCCUACCCCAGCCGCCGCGCCUCAAUUCGCGAGACCUCACACCUCACACCUCACACCUCACACCUCAUAUCUCAUUCACCACGCGGCGCCUCACACCUCACACCUCAUGUCACACAAACACCACGCGGCGCCUCACACCUCACACCUCACGUCUCAUACACCACGCGGCGCCUCACACCUCACAACUCACGUCUCACACACCGCGCAGCGCCUCACACCUCACGCCUCAUACACCAUGCGGCGCCUCACACCUCACACCUCACUCCUCACACACAACGCGGCGCCUCACACCUCACACCUCACGUCUCACACACCACGCGGCGCCUCACACCUCACACCUCACACCUCACACACCGCGCGGCGCCUCACAUCUCACACCUCACGCCUCAUACACCAUGCGGCGCCUCACACCUCACACCUCACUCCUCACACACAACGCGGCGCCUCACACCUCACACCCCAUGUCACACAAACACCACGCGGCGCCUCACACCUCACACCUCAUACACCAUGCGGCACCUCACACCUCACACCUCACUCCUCACACACAACGCGGCGCCUCACACCUCACACCCCAUGUCACACAAACACCACGCGGCACCUCACACCUCACACCUCACACACCGCGCGGCGCCUCACACCUCACACCUCACGUCUCACACACCGCGCGGCGCCUCACACCUCACACCUCACGUCUCACACACCGCGCGGCGCCUCACACCUCACACCUCACGUCUCACACACCGCGCGGCGCCUCACAUCUCACACCUCACGUCUCACACACUACGUAGCGCUUCACACUUCACACCUCACGCCUCACACACUACGCGGCGCCUCACUUUGUCCUCACGUCCAUGCAUGUACCAAAUAUCUGAAAUGCCUUCAAUUUACUGCACGAACAAUAUACGAACGAAACUCAUGUACUGA